CUCAACUCAUCUCUGCUCAUCUCUGGUGACCAAUUUCUCAACUCAUGUCGGGUUCAAAAAGUCAAUUUGGCACUACUUGAUACUGAUUAUUAGAACAAAAGUGAACAAAACCGGGUGAAAGGGAAAGUGCAACAGGAUUGCAAACAAUAUUAGCAGGUGGUAAGAUGAAGGGCUACGUAUUUUUUAACAUCGCGUGUUUGGCGGUGUACGUCAGUAUAAGUGGAGUAAUUGGUUUCACAAACGUGUAUCCAAAACUCAAGAAUUAUCCUGUGAGAAAAGGAGAGGAUCCGGGAAAUCCUCUUUUCCUGACACCCUUAAUCCAAGCUGGAAAGAUAGAGGAUGCUAGGAAACAGGCAGCAGUUCAGCAUAAAGAGAUGCUCGAUGUCAACAGCUAUGCUGGAUAUUUUACGGUUAACAAGGAGUACGACUCUAACAUGUUUUUCUGGUUCUUCCCUGCAAAGAUUAAUCCUAAGAACGCGCCGGUGGUUUUGUGGCUGCAAGGCGGACCUGGCGCUACCUCAAUGUUUGGUCUGUUCAUGGAGAACGGGCCUUUCCAAGUGACACAGAACAAAACUCUGCGGAUGAGGAAAUAUUCGUGGCAUAUAUCUCAUAAUAUAAUCUUCUUAGACAACCCGGUUGGUACUGGUUUCAGUUUUACAAAGAACGACAAGGGUUACGCCACCAACGAGACUCACGUCGGCAGAGACGUUUACCAUGCCCUGCAGCAGUUCUUUGAACUAUUUCCUGAACUGCAAGAAAAUGCAUUCUUUGUUACGGGAGAGUCGUAUGCAGGGAAAUAUGUUCCUGCGGUAUCCCAUGCUAUCAAAGAUUAUAAUAUCAAAGCCAAAUUGAAGAUAAACCUGCAAGGUCUAUCCAUCGGGAAUGGUCUUACCGACCCUGAAAAUCAGCUGGUUUAUAGUGAUUACUUGUAUCAAAUUGGACUUAUCGAUGCAAAUGCAAAAAACAUCUUUAAACAAUACGAAAAGCAAGGAGUAGAACUGAUUCAAAAGAAGAAGUUUAAUGAAGCCUUUGAAAUCUUCGAUAAACUAAUUAACGGGGAUUUGAGUGCCCCGUCGCUUUUCAAGAACUUAACUGGGUUUACUUAUUAUUUCAAUUACUUGCACUCGCAUGACGACAAUGCAAGCGAUUGGAUGUCAGAGUGGAUUCAGAGGUCAGACGUUAGGAAAGCUAUUCAUGUAGGCAAUUGUUCAUUCCAUACAGAAGAUACUACUGUAGAGGAACACCUUAAAUCCGACGUCAUGAAGUCUUUGGCGAUCCUUAUCACUGAUCUCACUCAACACUACAGAGUUCUUUUAUAUAAUGGUCAACUUGACAUAAUCGUCGCAUACCCCCUGACUGAGAACUAUUUACAACAUUUAUCAUGGUCAGGGGCAGCAAAAUAUAAAACUGCACCACGUAAACAGUGGUGGGUCGACGGUGAAUUGGCAGGUUUCACAAAAACCGUGGACAAUUUAACCGAAGUUCUUGUACGUAAUGCUGGCCACAUGGUUCCUGCCGAUCAGCCACGUUGGGCUCUUGAUCUUAUCACUCGUUUUACACAUAAUAAGCCAUUCUAAUUCUAAUAUAAAUUGGCAAUGGAAUUAUUUUAUUUUUAAAGGCACCAAAGAUUCCUAAACCAUGUUAACGAAUUAUUGAUGAACCAGAAGACAAUGUAGUGAUACUUAUACGAAGAUAAUAUCAUCCCACAACUUGCAUUACUAGAUUGUACAUUGAACAUUGAUAAAUACUGACCUCUUGUUAAAUCAUAGCAGACGCCUGGCGCUAUCUGUCCAAUAAAAUGAACCGAACAAACUGUUGCAAUUUAUAUAUAUGAUGUGAUAAUACUGAAGUGUAUACAAUCAAUAAAUUUAUUCUUUUUGUACAAUGAU